AUGGGGAAAGAUUCAAAGACACAUUUCAAGGAGCACAGCCAACACUUACCGUCGACAUCUCUUAUCCCCGAGACAGUUCUAGAUGCUGCAUCGCAGAGAGUCUUUAUAGUGUCACUAUUCGUGCUUGUACAGGCAUGGAAAGCAUAUGAUCUAUACGUUUUACGUGACGACCACUUACGUAAACUUCUGUAUACCAGUUAUAGAUUCAACUUCCUGUCUCCAGAAGUCUCCUUUGUUUUCAAAUAUCUCUUUCUAGAUGGUUUUAUAGUAUGGCUCAAUUGCAUCCUUAGAAUCCCCAAGUUGAGUCUUCGACCAAUUGCCUCAAUGCUCAUUCUUGUGGUGAUCUACACCAUCGAUUUUUCCCUCACUCUCGAUCUCAAACUUUCAUUUGUUGGGGUCGCAUUUCCAUCUCUAUGGAAGGAACUAUUCCCGGAUAGAGAGCUUACCAUCAUGGAGCAAUAUGUUGAUAGAGAUGAGUUGGCAGACCAAUCUCUUCACUUUAAGGGACAUAAGACCAUCCGAUUCGCUCCUGAUUCCUCAAUUAAGCUCAAUCCUCUUGACGAUACUUUCUGCUUAUCUUCUAUAUAUGGCCGGCCUAUUCAGAUCCCAAUCUCAUACGAGUCUUCUAAUGGCUUGGAGUCUUUGCAAUUGAGGUACCUCGAUUUCAAUAAUGGUGCUACUCUUUUGAACUUCACCAAACGGGAAUUGAACGGGAUUUAUUCCAAAAAACGUUCCACGGUAGACUACGAUCCAGCUGCAUCCAACUCUCAAGUGUUACGCAUUCCAGUGUCGAAACCCGGUUCGUAUUCUAUACAGUUGGCUUUGGAUACCAAAGGUAAAACUAUAAGGUCUCACAAAUCUACUGUGAUGAUACCUAUCUGUCCCGAGGCUUCAUUUGGCCCUACGGAUUUAUCAGAUAAGUGUGUUGGCGAUGAAGUUGGAGAUAUUACCAUCAAUGUUCUAGGCGUGCCACCAUUUACUCUUUAUCAUGAAGAAGAAAUUAAUGGCGUGCGUUCUCAUUUGCCCAAGGCAGUGUUAGUUCCAGAAGAUGAAGACUUUUAUUCACCUCUACUCUCCAAAGAACUAUACACUGGUCAGGGAAAGAAAAACACCCAUGCACGUUACAGUUCCUCGGAUCUGAAGGACAUUUCCUGGGCCAGAAGCCGCAGUAUUGAAGUUCCUAUCGGUAAGAAACGUAUAGAAAAGGCGGGCGAAUACGUGUAUACAGUAAACAGAAUUAUUGAUGGCUUUGGAAACGUUGCUGAAUACACUCCAGGUACUUCAAAUCAGGAGAAUACCUUGAUUCUCCUUAAAGCACAUCCGAAACCGCUAAUUAGCCUUGUUGAUGUCCGUCCUGAAACUCCAAUAUUGUUGGGCAGGGAUAAACAUAUUGAUAUCCGCCUUUCGCAAGUAGAUAAUGUCGAAUCUGAAGCUCCUUAUACCGUCGUUUUCAAGUUUACGCCAGAACAAAAGAACUUGGAAGAGCGGAUAUUUACCAAGUCAUUUGAUUUCCGUACUCCAGCACGUAUUUUUACUGAUAUUCCGGGUACUUACUCAAUCGAGACGGCCUUCUCUCGCUAUUGCUCAUGCAAAAUUGGAUCAUAUGCGGUAAAUAUUCGCCAAGCAAAACUUCCAAUGAUCAAUGUGACCAUGGAUCCUAUUGUGGAUAAUUGUGUUGGUACCACUGGGUUUAAGUUCAACUUGGAAUUUAUUGGUAGUGCUCCAUUCGAGGUUGGAUACAAGAUUUCACGCCUUGACCCAAAGGAUAGUACUAAAGUACUCUCUACAGAAAGAGUUAGCUUUUUAAGAUCCGAAUCUACGGUACUAGAAUACGAGUUCAAUCCACCAUCUGAGGGCAGCUAUGCAAUAGAAUUUGUAUCCCUGAACGAUAAGUUUUACAAGAAUCAGAUCCGGUUCGACAAACAUGAAUACAGGUAUAUCACUUAUUUCAGACAGAGGCCUAGAGCAUACUUUGACAAGAAUUUCAAAGUGCGGAAGGUCAAUACUUGCAACGGUGGUACGGCCAAUAUAAGCCUUGUUCUCGAGGGUAAGGCUCCAUUCAACGUAGCAUACAAUCUCAUGUCUCCAGACUAUAAGGUGGAUACUUUCACUCUUAAGGAUGUGUCAGAAUCCGUAGUGAACAUUCACACCCCAAAACUUACCCUUGGAGGAGAGUAUGUUCUCUCUCUUAAGAACGUGACCGACUCGUCAAGUUGCGAUGUUGAUUUCAAAGGUCAAGAGAUUCACAUAAAUGUAAGAGGUGACGUUCCUCAACUUUGCUUUGCCUCUAGCGAAGACUACACACUAGUUCAAGGCAAGAAACUAUCCAUUCCACUCAAAGGGGAGUCCGACGAACGUAUCGAUUUGGUGUACAGUUACGAAUCUUACGACCAUCAAAAGAGAGAGUUGAGGACAAGUUUUGAUCCCACGGAGGGACUUUCUGUUUCACAAGAAGGUGCAUACUCACUCAUUUCGUUUACCCAAGGUGGAUGUCCAGGCAAAAUAUCGGAUAACACGCCAAUCAAUGUGCAUUAUUUGGCGAAACCAACUCUUCAACUACUUAGUGGUCCAGAACUCAAAAGUCCUGCCAGCGAUUCUUCCGCGUUCACUAUGAACUCUAUUUGCGAAGACGGAUCAGGAUCAAUCAACUUUAAGGCAUCUGGAGUGGCACCAUUUGUCAUCCGAUACUCCAUAAAGUAUCCGGAUGGAUUGGUGGAAGAGAAGGUUCAACAAUUGCCAGGCUCAAAUUUUGCUAUCCAGCUGAAAACUACAAGAAGUGGAAGGUACGAGUACACUGCGAAAGGUAUCUAUGAUUCCAUAUACACCACUACCAUUUUGGAUCAAUUGGAAAGACAGAACUUGUAUAGAUUCAAGCCAAUUGAGGUAUUUAACACAGUGAACCAAUUACCAUUGGCCCACAUCAUCAACAAAGAAGAUAGUUUUCAAACUUGCGUCUCUUCUCUUCAUAAUCCCGAGCAGCUCGUUCCGUUAAAGCUAUCUCUUUCAGGAAAACUUCCUAUCGAUGUCAAGCUACUUGUGAUGCGCGACCAAGACGGACCCUCAGAGGUUGUCAAACUUGAGCAUUUGGAGACCAGAGAUGUCAAUGUGUAUGCAAUGUAUGAGAAUAUGGGAAUAGGUACGUUUUUUGUUUCUGUUGCAGAGGUGAAAGAUGCAAACGGAUGUAUGUCUAGAGACAUUGAUUCCGCUAAUGAGGUGACCGUCCUGGUGAACGACGUUCCAAAGAUUCGGCACCUCAUUGAGGAGUCAUCUGUCAUUUCAGAGCAUGGACAGAUGAAGUUAGAAAAGCUAGACUCUGAUGGUGCACCUGAUAUCAACUUCUACUGUGUGGGAGAUUACAUCACAUAUAUGUUAAAUGGUGUGCCUCCAUUCACUGUUUACUACGAGUUUAACGGUAAAAAACAGGAAGUUAAGGUGAACUCGAAUUACUUCAAGCGUAGGGCACCAAGUGCGGGCGAAAUGAACAUUCUUGCUGUUUCGGACUCUUCCUCGAAGAACUGCAUGGUGAAUUUUGCAUCAGAAAAGGGGGAGAAAAGACCAGAUUUGAAAGCAAAGAUCUUUAAUUUGCCAUCUGUUGAGAUUGUACAGGGUGAGUCAGAUGAAGAGGAUAUUUAUGAAGGGGAGCAAACAGAUAUCACGUUCAAACUUACUGGUCAGGCUCCAUUCAAGCUAACGUACAUUCGUACCGACCUUUCAGAACAGAAUAAGAUAGUGGAGACGGAAGUGGUGGACAACAUUGUGGGUAACGAGUACAAGAUCACCACCAAUCUAGAAGGCACCUAUGAAGCUAUUGAGAUUCAAGACGCCUAUUGCGCUGCAAGAAAUCACAGAGUGUGA